UGUUGCAAAUCAGGUUAAGUUACAGAGUAUAGCACUAGCUAGCGGUACGCUUUCUUGAGGAAUAUCGGCAAAAUAAUGUAGUAUUUAGCUCUAGGUUGUUGUUGAAAUUCAUUACAAGAACAGUCGAUUGGAUGGCGAAUAUUUCGAGCCUAUAACUCAAGGUGUAGGACUUGCAGAAGUGGAACCAUCAGGAUGGCAGGUUCUCAGUGGGAACUUCCCCCUGAGCUUUGCUGCCGGCCUAUGGCUUUCGUGGCUCUCACAGGAUUGGAUGUUGUGUACAAUGCUGUCCAUAGAGCCAUAUGGGAUGCCUUCUGUGCUAACCGUAGGGCAGACAGAGUUCCAAUAUCCUUUAAAGUCCUCCCAGGGGACCAUGAGUAUCCUAAGUGUCGCACCAAGCGGACGUCAUAUGAGUGGUACAUACCCAAAGGCAUCUUAAAAACUGGUUGGAUGAACAAACACCUGAAUCUGGUGCCAGCACUGGUUGUUCUUUUCUAUGAGUUGGACUGGGACGAUCCUCAGUGGAAAGAAAAACAGUCUGAAUGUGCAACUAAAGUGGAGAUUGUGAGAACCAGUCUUCAGGGUAGAAACACCAAAGUUGCUGUUGUUCUUAUUCAAAAGAAAACACCUUUGCCACCAGGGGAGGACCUUGUCGCAUCUGAGAGGGCAUCUGCUCUCUGCAAUGCUUGUGAUCUGUCAGGCAAAAGUUUGUUUGUACUGCCACACACUGAUCAUCUGGUGGGCUACAUUAUUAGGUUGGAGAACGCCUUUUAUGAGCAUGCUCAGACAUAUUACUACACUGAGAUCCGUCGCGUCAAAUCUCACAAAGAGUUCCUUAACAAAACGACACAUCAGCUUUUAUUCGUCAGACAUCAGUUCAAAACUGCCUUCUUCAGUGAACUUAAGCAGGACACACAAAACGCUCUCAAAUACUAUAGAACAGCGUACAGUCUUAUCCAUGAGCUCAGAGCACACGAGACCAACAUGUUGGAAAUCAAAACAAUGGCUGGAUUUAUAAACUAUAAGAUCUGUCGCCUGUGCUUUCAACAUAACACUCCACUUGAUGCUAUUGCACAAUUUAGGAAGCAUAUUGACUUGUGUAAGAAAAAAAUAGGUAGUGCAGAGCUGGCCUUUGAACAUGCAGCAUGGAUGUCAAAACAGUUUCAGUCAUUUGGUGAGUUGUUUGAUGAAGCCAUUAAAUUGGGUCUGACAGCCAUCCAAACUCAGAACCCAGGUUUCUACUAUCAACAAGCUGCAUGCUACAGCCAGGACAGAAAGCAACUAGCUCACCAGCUCUGUCAGACUGGAGUAAGCUAUCCUACAGCUGACCCCUUGAGUGGUGCCCUGGACUUCUAUGGUCAAAGACCCUGGAGACAAGGCCACCAGAGCAUUGACCCCCCAGAUGCAGAGAAGGAGAAGACAGGGAUGCUAGCUCUACAAAUAAAAGAGAAAGGCGUACCUCACUCGGAGCUGAUAAUAGCUCUUCUUAGCAAUGCUGUGGCCCAGUUUAAGAAGUACAAGUGUCCUCGGAUGAAGAGCCAUCUAAUGGUUCAGAUGGGAGAGGAGUACUAUCAUGCAAAAGACUACACCAAAGCCCUUAAGUUGUUGGACUAUGUAAUGUGUGACUAUCGCACUGAGAAGUGGUGGGGUUUGUUGACAGCCAUCCUCACAACAGCUCUACGAUGUGCUUAUCUCAUGGCCAGUGUUAAAGACUACAUCAUCUACUGCAUGGAACUGCUGGGCAGAGCAUCCACUUUGAAGGAAGAACAGAAAUUAAGGAUUGAGAAGAAUCUUACCAAAGUUUUAAUGAAUGAGGUUCCAGAUGCAGAGUUGGAGUGCGAUCCCUCUUCUGCCAGUGCAGCUAAGUCAUUGUGGAGCGACCGCAUGGCGCUAGCUGGAGCUAAUGAGUUCACAAUCGAAGUGCAAGACUACAUUCCAUUCAUCCAGUGCAAAGCCAAGUUCCAAUCCCCCAGUUUCCAUGUUGACCAACCCAUCCAGUUACAGGUUUUCCUCAGAGCCGAUGGUCCCAAUCCUGUGCCCUUCAGCAAGUUGGCUGUCAGUCUUAGCAACCAGGACUACAACCAGUGGUGUGUUGUAGAGUCUUCAGGUCAUAAUACUAUGAGCCUUGCGCCAGGGGAAACAAAGUGCUAUAAUUUUAGCUUUGUUGCUAAAACUGAAGAUGUUGGCAAAAAGAUUGAGAUGACUGGCGUUGAGUUGUUGCUGGGCAGCGACAGAGGCCGUUGUGUUUUUCUGACCUGGAGAGGAGCAGGUGGAGACAUUGCUUCUACACAUGAAGCUCUGCAGGCCAGUCGGUCAUCACGACAGUGGGGGCGGAGUCUUGAAAAUAAUCAAGAACAGGAAUGGGACACUAUUGCUAUUCAGCAUAGUACAAUGAUCAUUUCCAGAGUUCCCAAAAUCUCAGUACAGCUCAGCCACCAGCCUCCGGUGCUCAAUAAUGAAAUGUACUGCCUUAAUGUCACCAUUCGGUCACAAGAAGAAGGUGUGGCCAAAGAUGUUAAACUAACUGCAGGCUUAAAACCAGGCCAGGAUGCCAACCUCAGCCAAACCACACAUGUUGCUCUUGAGGGUUCAAAGAUUUGUGAUGACACCGCACCAGCAUUGAUUCCUGACAUACCUUUAGGUGACUUGAAUCCAGACGAGAAGCUAGAGAAAGGCAUAUUUGUAAGGUGUUCAACAAUAGGGCCAAGGAUAUUUUUGUUUCAUGUUGCUUACUGCAUUGAUACAACCGUGGAAGGAAGACAAAUCAUCUGCAAAUGCCACAAGGAUGAAACCGUUACAGUAGAGACUGUCAUCCCAUUUGAAGUGUCUGUCAAGUUUGUUUCAACUAAGUUGGAGCCUCUGGAGCGCGUCUCGGUGGACAUCCCCUUCCUUCUCAUGGCAGACGUUGUCUCAUCCUCUCCGUGGCCGAUCUUGUUGGCUUCCUCUACUUUGGAGCUUUUCAGUUUGACCAGCACAACCCCGGAUAUGAAGUCACAGUUGGAGCAAACGGUCCUGGAGACUGGUGAGGGUGCUAGUGAGUGCUUCUGCCUGUGUUGUCCACCUUUAACCAACAACAAUAAUGCUGUGGCAACAGGACAGUACUCGAUAUCAUGGCAGAGGCAAUCAUCUUCUUCAGAUAGUCCGCUCAUCCAGACAACAGUCACUCUACCUCACAUUCUCAUGGAGUCUGUUCCUCUUUAUAUUCAUGCAGAUCUGCCUUCAUUUGGGAGGGUCAGAGAGUCUCUUCCAGUUCGGUACCAUAUAGAAAACAGGACCGCUCUGGUACAGGAGGUGGAGAUGGCUGUGGAACCCUCUGAUGCCUUUAUGUUCUCUGGACUGAAACAGGUUCGCGUUCGGAUCCUUCCUGGUUCUGAGCAUCAAAUGUUGUAUAAUUUUUACCCAUUGAUGGCUGGUUACCAAACACUACCACAACUCAGUAUAAACCUGCCCAGAUGCCCUAACACGACAACCCAGAGUUUGAGGCGCUUCCUGCCUCAUCGCAUUUUUGUCAAGCCUCAAGGCCGACAGCUUGAUGAUGCCUCUAUAGCAGCAGCAUGAGAAAUACACAUGGGUAACUGUAAAUAUGAGAAUAAAGAAAUGUUUUAUAGAUUAUACUGGACUGAGAAUUCCUUUAACAGUUCACAGAGGAUUUUAUUAACACUAGCUGUUUCAUAUUGUUCCAUACAAUAAACUAUUAAAACCUCUCCUGA